AUGGCUUCUUUACUACUUCCACAUGAUCUGACUGCUAUCAUGGCAGGAUUAAUAUUAUGUGCCAUAGUCUUUAUUUACUAUUUCUUAACACGUAUGUGGGGAAUUGGCAAGGGCAAAGCACCACCUGAAGCUUUGGGAGGUUGGCCAUUAUUUGGUCACCUUUCCUUGUUAAAAGGGCCUAAGCCUUCCCACAUAAAUUUGGGUGCCAUGGCCGACAUAUGUGGACCGAUCUUCACAAUCCGAAUCGGGUCUCAUCGAGGUUUGGUAGUGAGUAGCUCUGAGAUGGCUAGAGAGUGCUUCACCACCAACGACUUGGCCUUAGCCUCACGUCCAAACUUGCUUGCCGCGAAGCACAUCGGCUACAACUACGCCAUGUUUGCAUUUGCACCGCAUGGACCCUUUUGGCGCGAGAUUCGUAAGAUAGCCACGGUUGAGUUGCUCUCGAACCGCCGUCUUGAGCUGCUCAAACACAUUAGAAUCUCUGAAGUGGCAGCUUUCGUUAAGGAGUUAUACCAGCAUUGGACUACCAAAUGGAAUGAUAAUGAUCAUUCGGGCCAAGCUUCGGUGGAGAUGAAGCAAAGGUUUUCGGACUUGACGCUCAACGUGAUUCUCAGAAUGGUGGCUGGGAAGCGUUACUCUGUUGAUGCAAAUGAUGGUGGUGAUGUAAAAGAAGGACGCUUAGUUCAGAAAGAAAUAAAGGAAUUCUUUAACCUUGUUGGGCUGUUUGUACCGGGGGAUGCGAUUCCUUAUCUCGGGUGGCUGGAUUUAGGCGGCUAUGAGAAGGCCAUGAAGAAAACUGCAAAGGCUUUGGAUGGUAUUGUUGGUGAAUGGCUUGAAGAGCAUAAGCAGAAUAGAGCAGAAAGGAGUAAUGAAGAGAAAAAGGAACAAGACUUCAUGGAUGUGAUGCUCUCUGUACUUCACGAUUCAGAACUUGGGGGUUUCGAUGCUGAUACAAUCAACAAGGCCACAAUUUUGAAUUUGAUUGCGGGAGGAAGCGACACCACAGCAGUAACCCUAACAUGGGCAGUGUCGCUGUUGCUGAACAAUCGCCACGUGUUGAAAAAGGCCCAAGAUGAACUUGACAGCCAGGUAGGCAAGAACAGAGCCGUGAAUGAGUUCGACAUGCACAAAUUAACAUACAUCCAAGCCAUAGUCAAAGAGACACUACGUUUAUACCCCGCAGCGCCGCUCUCAGGGCCACAUGUCUUCCUCAAGGACUGCACCAUAGGUGGCUACCACAUCCACAAGGGAACUCGGCUCCUCACCAACCUUUGGAAGAUCCAAACCGACCCGAAUUUGUGGCCUGACCCAUUGGACUUCAAGCCCGAGAGGUUUCUCACCACCAACAAAGAUGUGGAUGUUAGGGGUCAGCAUUUUGAGCUGAUCCCAUUUGGAACCGGUAGAAGAGCAUGUCCUGGUAUUUCUUUUGCCCUCCAAAUGGUGCAGUUCACGGUGGCUAGUUUUCUACAAGCGUUUGAAAUAGCCACGCCCUUAGAUGCUUCUGUAGAUAUGACGGAAAGCUUUGGACUAACAAAUAUCAGAGCAACUCCACUUGAACUUCUUAUCACUGCUGAACUUUAUGGCUAA